AUGGGAACUGGCCUGAUGUUUGCCAACAUCCAUCACGAACCUCCUCCGGCGCUGGCGGCCGUGUGCCAGGAAUCUAGAGCAUUUGUGCUCAGACACUACAAGCCACUCACUCUCUCCUCCACGACCAAGUAUGUGGAUCUCUCAAGGGACAUCCUAUUACUGGAGCCCUACCUGCUGGUCAAAAGACUACUCCGCACCCUCCACUUCCUUAGCCAGAUACCUCUUGUAAGAGACAACAUUGCCCACCUCGCCUUGGGCACGUCUUAUGCAUCAACGCAGUAUCGACCGCAACUUGUUCACCAGGCCUACAGGUUUAAGUUCGACAUUGAGAGCAAUAUCAAUUAUCACUACCCGCGCCGCCCUCACCACAACGAAUUCCUCCAUUAUCCGCUCGCUAUUGACGAGGACCGCGAGGACUAUCUUGAUAGCCUCAAAGAAAACUUCGAGGAAGACGGCAUUUGGUGUGACCCGUGGCCCACAAACGACGACUGGAGGCGAUUCAAGCGGAGAUUCGCAAAGGCGCUAUUUGUUACGUACCAGGCCGAUAAGGGUGCGCGGAGUUGGCUUGAAGGGAAAUUUCAUGACAUUAUCCUGCACGGCAUGCAGGGCAUUGACGAUUUGCCCUUCUCUCUUCAGCAUUCGUUCCAGGUAUUAGCAGCCGAUCGCUCUGAUAGCGUUUCGAUCCCCAACGAGCGCACUGGCGAUUUGCAGGAGGUCAGGAAAGGGGGCGGGGUGUGGUUGGAACAGCGACUUCGUAGUGGGGAUCUCGAGACCGAGGAGAUGAUUUAA